AUGGCCGCAAACCUCCCCAGGUGGUGGUGGAAUGCUAAUUGUUCGACGGCAGAUGAGGUUUCCGCGCUUGUGCUCGACCCUGGAUACUGCAGCACGCGCGCAGGGUACGCGGGCGAAGACGUCCCCAAAUCGAUCCUGCCCUCCUUCUACGGUCACGUCACCAGCGAGCCGCAGCGGGACCUGUUCGGCGACGAAUGCCUCAUCCCGCGCGCCGACUUCGAGGUCCGCAACUACAUGAACAAGGACAGCGUGGUCGAGGACUGGGAGGUCGCGUCCAAGAUGUGGGAGCACAUGCUCGUCAACCGCCUGCAACCCGAGAGGCCUACGCCGCCGUCGAAGAACGGGCUCAACGACGAUGUGAAGGACAAGGACGACAAGGACGGCGAGGGAGACGUCCACAUGGAGGAGGCCGAGUCGCUCGAGAAACCGCUGCAGGAGAGCCCGGUGCUGAUGACGGAAGCGCCGUGGAACACGGCCAAGUCGAGAGAGAAGGCCAUCGAGCUCAUCAUGGAGAACUGGGGGUGCCCGGCCUUCUGGCUGAGCCGGACGCCGGUGCUCGCCGCGUUUGGUGCCGGAAAGGCGACGGCGCUGGUGAUUGACGUCGGCGGCUCCAACACGUCGGUGACGGCGAUCCACGACGGCAUGGUCCUCAAGCGGUCCAUCCAGCGAUCUCCCGUCGGCGGUCUCUGGCUGUCGUCCCAGAUCCGUAGCCUGUGGGAGACGUCGGAGCCCAAGGUCAACCUCGUGCCGACGUUCAUGGUGGAGAACAAGACGGCUGUCGAUGCCCUCGCACCGGCUCAGGCGCGUUUGCGGGACUUUUCGUACCCCAUCAGCAGUUCCUUCCGGGCGUACGAGGACGAGCGGGUCAUCACCGAGUUCAAGGAGUCGGUCGUGGAAGUCUGGCGAGGGCCCGGCCGGUACAGCGCGCCCGGAAACGAAGAAUACAUCAAGACACAGCCCGGUCGGGUGUUCGAGAUGCCCGACGGCUACAAUCAGAUGUGGCGCGAACAGCGGUUCAAGGCGACGGAGGGCAUGUGGGAUGAGACUUCGGGAUACCCGCUCCCGGAGUCGGACCGGCUUACCAAGAGCCAGACGAUUCCCGAGCUCAUCCGGGCCAGCCUCAACGCCGUCGACGUCGACUUGCGAGGCAACCUGCUCGCCAACGUCGUCGUCACCGGCAGCACCAGUCUCAUCAACGGCUUCAACGACCGACUGAACAAUGAGCUGAUGACCAUGUACCCAGGUCUCAAGGUCAAGAUCCACGCGGCCGGGCUGACGAGCGAGCGACGGUUCGGCGCCUGGAUCGGCGGCAGCAUCCUGGCCAGCCUGGGCACCUUCCAUCAGAUGUGGAUAUCGCGGAAGGAGUACGAGGAGCAUGGCGCCGGCAUCGUCGAGAAGAGGUGCAAGUAG